CGCAUUGUUUCACGUUUUAUCAUCGAUAACAUAACAUAACCUUCAAUGCGCCACUGAUUUAACCUUCGACAGUUCUCUAUCAGAGAAACUCUUUUCCCGGUGACGAGCAAUAAAGUUAACUCUCGGAACCUUCUUCUAUGCGUAAAAACAAAUCGACCGAGUAUAUUUUUGUUAUAUUUACAGCAAAUAUAAGGUACAGAGUUUAGAAACAUGGUUAGCGGUUUGAAAUCGGCAUGUUCCUUUUCCUGUUGGUACCCAAUAUUCAAAGAAGAUUCCUUGAAGGCUACGAUUCUUCAUGUUCCCGAUGAUAUUUUGAAAUAUUUGGAACACGACAAGUUCAUGUUGCCGCUCGAGACGACGAGAUCAUCGCUAAAAGACUCUGAAUGGAGUGAUGGUUCACCGGUAACCAGUGAGAAUGAGAUGAUGGACUGUCAACCGACAUUUCCCAUAUUCAGUCAAAAAAUACAAGAUAUAUUAGAUGAAUAUGAAGCGAUAUUCAUCAAGAGCAACUGGAGUUCACCUAUGGAUGCAAUGUGGAUUGUUCCGACGAGGACUCUCAAAUGUAAGACAUUAGAAGAAGUCUAUUUGCUACUGAAGAGUUCCGACAGGAUUGCCAAGGACUUGAACACUGCAAGGACUCUGCAAGAUCACAAGAAUCCCCUAUCAUUCUACUUGGUGCUGAAGCAAUGGCAAGAUAUCGACCCAUGUACAGAAUUCCGCUGCUUCGUCGUGGACAAUGAGCUGAUUGCUAUAAGUCAAAGAGACAUAUCGCAGUACCACAAGUCCUAUGAGUCAGAAAAAUAUAGUAUACAGACAGACAUCGAGAGUUUCUUUUUGGAGCGCAUUAAAGGCAGAUUUCCGCUGCGUAACUAUUCCAUCGACGUCGUUCGACGUGAGGAUCGCGUGAAAAUUGUGGACUUCGGGCCGAUCGACGAAGCGUCCACGGAGCAAACGCUUUUCACAUACCAGGAGUUACAAGAACAUACGAACGGCACACCGGAAUUUCGAUUCAUCGGGGAAAAAGUGGGCAUUCAACCGAAGAUGUCCACGCACUUUUGCAUUCCGCAAGAGAUCGGCGAGUUCUUCCGGUCAGGCGACAACGUGUCAUUGUUGAAUAUUAUUCAGAGGGAAGUGGAAAGUCAACGGAAAGAGGCUGAGGGCGAAGGCGCCGAUGCUUCGGAAAGUACUUGAUGCACGCGCCGCGGUGAGAAACGUUUCUCAAGAUGCGUAUAAGUAGCGCAGCCGGGGCUCUCUUACACACAGGCAUAUAUAUAUAUAUAUUUACGGCGAAUUCAAGUGAAACGAAGGAAUGUAAAUUCUCGCGUCAACGCACGAUUGCGUUAUCCACUCCGAGAAAUCUGAUACUUGCAGGAGCGAUGGGCUAAUAGAUGUACGCUCGGUUAUACACGGCGAAUUGCAUUCUACUCGUUAAUCACUAUAUAUUACAGUUCAUCUCUCCGUCGCAUUAUGGAAGUCGCAUUAUGAAAUCGAAGCCAAUUACACCGGCGAAUGAUGGGACGAUUAAUCGAACUUGUUCAAGCUACCUUUAUAUAAUCAGACUUUUUAACCCGAGACAUUCUCCUUCGCGUGAGAGGUCUCAAAUUUAAGUAAGAAAUUUACCUGCAACUUCCAGGAAUAUAUGGCAAACUUGUCCAAAGAUUUGAGCUAAUGGAUGAUGUGUGUGUGUGUACGUGUAUGUUGUGUGUGUGUGUGUGUGUGUGUGUGUGUAUGUGUCGUGUGCGCAUGUGAAUGAACGUACACCGACAGAAUGUUUAAAUACAGAACUUUCACUUUUAUUCUGCCAGAUCCUUUUUCUAUCAUUACAUUACAUAAAACGAUUAAAGGCUAUCCUAUCGCUUGAAAGAAUUAUCAUAAUAUUGCAGUAUUUUUUCGAGCCAUCGACCUUUACCGAGCGACGUCCCUUAUAUAGAAAAUAUGUCUUGUUUAUGUA